CACUCGUUCAUUGCAAAGUAUGGAGAGUUCUGGAAUGAGAGUGAGAGGGGCCGCAAUUGCCUUGCUAGUUGCUCUGCUCUGGAGCGGGGCAUUUGCGGGAAACAUAGCAAUAUAUUGGGGUCAGAAUGGUCCUGAUGAGACGGAAGCUUCGCUUGCAGAAACCUGCGCAAGCGGCAACUUCGAGAUUGUUAUAGUCUCGUAUCUACUCAUCAAUGGCACUUCCAACCCGGAUCUGCCGGAGCUGGACGUCGUCAAUCACCCAAUUGAAGAGCUGAACGACGAUAUUAAAUCCUGCCAGUCCAGCGGCAAAAAGGUGUUUCUGUCCCUCUAUGGAGCCGUCGCAAGCGCAAAGCAUGCGCAGAACCUGUCUAGCUAUCUGUGGGACAACUUUCUUGGAGGAAAUUCGGGCUCUGGGCCUCUAGGAGACGUCGUUCUGGACGGCAUUGACUUUGGCGUCUAUGAAGGAUCAAUCGAGCACUGGGACGAUCUGGCCGGGGCCAUCUCCAAUCUUAGCACCUCCUCCGAGAAGGUCUAUCUCAGCGCUGCCCCGCAGUGCCCCUAUCCCGACGCUUGGCUUGAUAAGGCCUUGCAGACAGGGCUGUUCGACUACGUGUGGAUCCAGUUCUUCAACAACCCUACCUGCGAGUAUGCCAAUAAUGACGCUUCCAAGCUGGUGAAUUCAUGGAUCACUUGGAUCUCGUCGUCUAUUAAUACCAUUCAAACAGAGGGCUUCUACCUCGGCCUUCCGGCUGCGUCUGAAUAUGUUUACAGCGGCGGCUAUAUUGAGCCGGACACACUCAUCUCUGAUGUGCUUCCUGAGAUCAAGGCCUUUUCAAAAUAUGGAGGAGUCACGCUGUGGACCAAGUAUUGGGACCAGCAAACCAAUUAUAGCUCAUCCAUCAAAGAUUCUGUAAUAAUGAAGUCGUCCUCUAUUGACGUGCCUACUUUGGCCUCUGUCUGAGAAGGAAAUAUAUGUAGUAAUGUUAAAUAACAGUUGAGCUUAUGUAAUGCUCUGCUUGCUCUUCUUCAGCUCUCUGACGAGUGAAGAAAAUUAUGUAAUAGUUUUAUAUAAACUACGUAUAAAUUAAUAAUAAUAAGGGAUUUAAUAUGA